AGCGUGUGUGUGUCUGAGAGGGAGGGCGGCCAUGUCGGAGCCCCUGGUGUGCGUGAGCGACUAUGAGCUUCAGGCUAGGAGAGCUCUCCCCAAGGCUGUGUUUGACUACUACUGCUCAGGAGCCAACGAGCAGGAGACGCUAGCUGACAACACGGCUGCCUACUCCAGAUGGCGUCUGCUUCCUCGAGUGUUGAGGGAUGUUUCCAGGAUGGACCUGUCUGCCAGUGUCCUGGGUCAGCCAAUCAGCAUGCCCGUGUGUGUGGGCGCCACGGCAAUGCAGAGGAUGGCCCAUCCUGAGGGGGAGACUGCUACUGCUAGAGCAUGCCGAGCGGCGGGGACCGGGAUGAUGCUGAGCAGUUGGGCCACCUCCACCAUAGAGGAAGUGAGGUCGUCGGCGGGCGAGGGCCUUCUGUGGAUGCAGCUGUACAUCUAUAAGGACCGCGACCUCACCCUGUCGCUGGUCCGCCGCGCCGAGGAGGCCGGCUACAAGGCCAUCUUUGUCACCGUGGAUACGCCCUACCUCGGCAAGCGGCGCGACGACGUUCGAAACCGCUUCAAGCUUCCCUCACACCUCAGGAUGUCUAACUUUGCGUCGGCGGAGCUGGCGUUCUCCAGCGAGGAGGGCUACGGGGAGGACAGUGGGCUGGCUGUGUACGUCAGCCAGGCCAUAGACCCCACCCUCUGCUGGGAACACAUCGCCUGGCUCAAGGCUCACACACACCUCCCCGUGGUCGUCAAGGGCGUCCUGAGUGCUGAGGAUGCACUGCAGGCUGUUCAGUUUGGGGUGGAUGGAAUCCUGGUGUCCAACCAUGGAGCCAGACAGCUAGAUGGUGUUCCUGCCACGCUGGAUGUGCUGGAGGAGGUGGUGGCAGCAGUAGCAGGCAGAUGUGAGGUGUACCUGGAUGGAGGGGUGCGCAGGGGGACAGACGUACUGAAGGCUCUGGCACUCGGGGCAACCGCCGUGUUCCUGGGCAGAGCCGUUCUCUGGGGGCUCGCCUGCCAGGGAGAACAGGGAGUCACAGACGUACUGGAACUUCUCAGAGACGAGCUUCACCUGGCCAUGGCCCUGGCAGGGUGCCGUUCUGUUGGGGAGGUGUCUCGCUCCAUGGUCAGAAGAGCUCAGUUCUCCUCCAGGAUGUGACCACCCAAACUCACAACAAAAUGACCAAAUAAAAAUG